AUGGUCGGGCAUCAGUGGUUCCCAUGGAUCAAUAACCCAACACCAGGAACAGUCUUAAUGACGUCAACCAAGCAGGAGCAGGAAUUAUAUAACGAGUCAGACAGCAAACCAGAAUGGAGAAGCCUCCUUUCUGACUACCAGAACAUCAGUGACAGCUACUUCACUCUUUCUAAAGCAAACUAUGAGCUGACAGGAGACAAUCAAAUCCUACAAGAGCACAGUGCCUGGUUGAAUGAACAGACCAAACUCCUCAACAGGACUUCAGCUGAGCUCAUGUCCAUGAAUCUUGCUUUGAGUUUGGAAAACAACCAGCUGAUGGAGCAAAUUGUGAAUUUAACGUCUACAAAUGUAAAACUCACGCAAGAGCAUGACCAGCUGGUUCAGUACACAUCUGAGGAGGAGGACAAGAAGCUCAACAUGUCUCAAACCAUCAAAUAUCUGGUCAGCUCCAACACUCAGCUACAGGACGAGAAACAUCGACUCUCCGAGACAAGCAUUCUUCUUAGGGAGGAGCUGUUUCAAGUGGAGGAAAAUAAUCAAGAUCUUCUGGAGAUCAACGACAAGUUUCAAAGAGAAAUCCACAAUCUGAGUGAAAAGAUGGGGGCGUUUCUUGGCGACGACUGUGAGAAGGCAACGACACACAAUAUGCAGCUGCAGGAGACCAUAACAGAGCUACAAGAAGAGAACCAGAACCUGAACGUGACACUGGCAGCAGAGAGGCAGGAGGCAGCAGAGCGGCAGACAAACAGGAGAACGGAGAUGGACCAGAUGAUGGCGGAUAUGCAUUCACUGAACGAGGUGUACCACACUUUAGACCUGUACUGCCCUGUGGUUAAUCAGAAGACAAAAGAGCGGAUUUGCAAAAAAUGUCCGGACAGCUGGAGACUCUUUCAGACUAAAUGCUACUACUUCUCCUCCCACCUGCUCUCCUGGAGCUCCAGCAAAGCCUGGUGCCAGACACACGACGGUGACUUGCUCAUCAUUAACAGUGAGCCUGAACAGAUGUUUAUUUUUGAUACAAGCCUGGCUGUGGAGCAGGACAGUAGGCUGUGGAUCGGUAUGACAGAUGCAGAGAGGGAGGGUGAAUGGCACUGGGUGGACGGCAGCACAGUGACUUCAGAUGUACAAUACUGGCUGAGCAGACCAGGAAUGGAGAGCGAGCCUGAUGACUGGAAGCUGGAUGACCCACUGGGAGAAGACUGCGGACACAUUGAUACAACUGAAAACGCACUAAAGUCCUGGAUGGAUGGCUCCUGUAAGAUACCUUAUAGAUGGAUCUGUGAAAAGAAUGUUUAG